CGCUCCACGCCUAGUUAAAACAAUCCAAUUCAUAAAUACAGCUUCUAUACACAGAACUGCUAUAUAUCGGUCCCUAUUAAAAUACUAACCAAACAACGUGUCUGUCAAGAUAUCAAUUUAGCAAGAGAGAUCGAUCACUAAAUAUAAAAUUUUUGGUAAAUUUACCAGCAAACGAUGCCUGUCUAGACAAUGAUUACGCUACAUUCGUGUGAUAUUUGUUCACUUGUAGUGUAAUACACAGGGUAGUGCAUAAUGAUGGUUUCUAUUAGACAUUGUACUAGCCACGCCUACCGUAGCAGUGCUAACCCUCUUUCUGCAAUUGCUCUAGCCUACAAAAGUCCCAUUGUAACCUAAGUAAUUUUACUAUUCAGAGAAUCCUCGAGCAUUUCUUGUCCCUACGAGAACCCGGGACUCAACGACAGACCCGGGACAAUCUAGGGACUUACGUUCAAUCUGUGGUAAUAGAUGCGUGUCUACUUGAUCAGUAGUAAUUAGUAAAUAGCCAAUGUGUGUAACUGCUCCAGAUAUUUCAAGCAAUGUCUAGUUUGAUUUAACUUGUAGUCAGACUAUACUGAACUCUUCGGUUAGCUAGAGUCAAUUUAAUUAGUGAAUAAUGUGUACAGUCAGGCUUCUGCGUAUCUAGCCGUAUCGUUACAGCAAAGAAGCGAGAAACAUUGAUCUUACCACGUACGACAUUCGCUAGAUUGACAAGUCCCAUGGAGUAGUCACUGUCUAGGCAAACGACGCAGUGAAAACACACACACGAACGCCUCCUCCUUGAUCCCUCCCUUCAGAAACACCUAAUUAGCUAAAGGUGCUGUACAGAAUGAAGGAGACACCACAAGGAGACACUACAACGAGAACUACAAAACAUACGUAGUCAUCUAAAGUAACUUGUAGUAGUAGGUGUACGGUUACGUCACUAGCGUGGGACUUACCACACAAUGAUGUAAGCAUAAAACACAUAGACUUUGUCAGUCAUCUGCAGUUAGUUGCAGUUUGUUGCAAGUCGAAAGAUCAUGUCUACGCGCAAGUAUGCAGUCGUAUUUCUGGGGAUUCCUUCUAUUCAUGCUCUAGGCAAAGACCUGACUGUCACCUUGGAAUAUAGCAACAGCUUUCGGACACAGCCUGGUGAUGAAGUCGUACUAAUUCCAGUAGGAUGGAAAAGCUUGAGUGAGCGAAGAUCUACAUUGCAAGCAAGAAAUAGAACGAGUUUCGUCAUCCCUACGGCCGAGCUAUCGUGCGAUGACCCUGAAACAACCUUUCACCUUCUCUACGUGCAAAAUGGUGUCGUGUUCGGUGUGAGCAAUCCGUUUUCAGUAGGAAUUCCGUGUGAUGAGGAUUCUCUACCAUGCGAGUCUAUCGAUUCCUACACAAUUCUGGUGCAUUCUGGCGGAGACCGGCGAGAAGAGGAAGUUCCAAACAAGCGUCGUCGUGGCAACAGUCACGUGGCAGGGUCAGAGUACAUCGAAGCUUCUAGCAAGGGUGAUGAGGACAUUUCUAAAUCUGAUGAAACACGCAAACGUGGUGGCAGUGUCAGCAGUAGUAAUGCUAAUAAAUUUUUUCACCGAGCAGUCAGCAACAUCAGCACAGAUGAUCAAAGCUUUGUCAUCACAGACAUGCCACCGAGUCACACAGAAACCCAAUCGGGAGAAAAUCCGUUUCAAGUAAUGGUCACUCAUGUCAUGAGGGAAAAAGACGAACUUUCCAGAUCAUUUAGAAGGGAGAGGAACAUCGCAGAGCAACAAGAAAAGAAAUACGAAAAUCUAAGGCGUGCACACAAUGCCCUGGCAGAGGAGAACUUGAAACUGAAAAGGAAACUGCAGGAGAAAGACGGCAAACUUUUGUCUCUCCAGAAAAGUUACAGUGAAAAGGACCAGAAAUUGAGUCACACAAGUGAUGACUGUGUUGAUCAGUCUCCGUGGCUUCAGACUAAAGAGGUUGCUGAUGAGUUGACCAGUAAGAAGACAGUAAAGCGACCACCGCAAUAUUUACCUCCUUCUUUCAUUUCACCACAGCCAUGGAUUGAAGUAGAUCAACCUGCAGCUGCAGUUGACCAACAACGUUCAAAGGCACACAUUGUGAGCAGAUGUAAUGAGCCAGUGGCUACAACUGACCUCAAUGAUUAUGGACAAUACCAGUGUCCCAUGUGUCCACUGACAUUUGAAGAAGUUAAUUCAACUGCAUUUCAACAGCAUGUGCAUGACCAUUUCAAUGAGUGAGAGUCUAUACGCAUACUGAAAUCUAACUUGGACAAGAACAAUAUCUCCAUCUCUCGAUACAGCUUGAGUUGAACUAGAGACUUGCAUGGUUUUGAAGAACAGAAACAGACUUAUUUCUCUUAUUUAUUGACCUAUUUAUUAGAUACUCACAACUUUAUAUGCGUUUGAAGAAAUGGCAACUUCUAAUAUAAAAAUUUGGACAUUUACUGUGAUCAAAGUAGCACUGUCUGUUGUAUAGCUGUUUGCAUAUUUUGUCUAAUCUGCAUGACCUGUCAGCAUCAUGCAGGAAGUCACUUUAAAAUAAUUUUGAUAAUUGGCUGGUCAA